AUGUGCAAAUAUUUGACAGUAGAACCCAAAGCUGUAAUAUUACAAAGCUCAGAACCAUCGUCAGUUACUUUAUUUCAAAGAAAUUCCAUGAAGCAGUCUGGUGACGGGACACUGAUUAUUCCAACAAAGAAACUCUCAACUAAAUAUUUAAUUUCUUCCACAGAACCGUAUACUUCAUCGCUUGAUUAUUAUUAUGUUAGUCAAUUUGCUAUUGGGGCCCUCAAUGAGCUAACGAAAAUCAAUAUUACAUUGAAAAUGAAAAACAAAAAUCCUCUUGAAAUUUUGGGGAAAACAUAUGACGAUGGGGAUACUUUCCAAAUAACAUUGGGUAGAUUUGAAACCCUCCAAGUAAACCAUAACACAGACCUUACUGGAACAUUCAUAACAUCAACAAAGUCUAUAGCAGUGUUCUCUGGAAAUCGGUGUAAGCAGUUCAAAAUUAAUUAUUGCAGUCAUCUCUUCACUCAGUUACCUCCCACUAACGAAUUAGACAAUGAGUACAUUGUUCCCCCAUUCUUUGGUAAUCUAGAAACUUUAAUUCAGAUAAUAAGUGAAAGUCAGGGUUAUGUCAACAUUAGUGUUGGAACCAAAACAACAAACCUUCCUUUGAAUGGAAAAGAAGGCAGGAACAUUGAAAUUGCAUCAAAUGAAACAACAGUUGUUGAGUCCAUGACCCCGGUACUGGUUACUGGUUUCGGAAUGGGUUCUAAAAGUAACGACCCUUAUAUGACAGUCAUUCCUGGUGUUCAUCAAUAUGUCAAUUACUACAAGAUAAUGAUCCCAGACGGAUUCACAGCAAACUUUAUAUGCGUGGUAUUUGAACGAGACGCAAUAAAUAAUCUUCAAAUAAAUGGACAAACCGUUGACCAUUACCAAUCUGUUUACGAGAGCCUAGUAUAUUCAAAAAAAUUAUACGUUAUCCGUACUUUUGACGUCUCGAAUGGAACAUAUGUUCUAACAACAACAAAUGAGUCAAAUUUUGGAAUGAUUGUAUAUGGCCAUGAUCGUAUUGAUGGAUAUGCAUUCUCUGGAAACUUCGUGUUUCCGUAG